CAGCCGUGGACAUGUCGGCACUCCUGUAUCUGACUGGUCUAGUGGCGCUGACUGGGGCUGUGGUCCCACCCGAACCUAAGGUGAUAUGCUGUGAGCCUGGCCAGUACUCCGGGCAGAUCGGGGUCUACACGGUCACAGCCGCCCCGGGGCACGCCACUGCAUCCAGCACCUCCAUCGGAAACUUUUCCAUGGACUUUCAGAAUGGAAGGACAUAUUCAAAGGAAUACGUGUUUGAUAACGAAUUCAUUGUUGUUCAAGAUUUCAACAAGGGGCUGUACUGGACAGUAGUUAACGGAAACUGCACAACGUACAAGCUCCCAAACCAACAUGCACAAAAGUGCUUCUUAGAAGACGAGUACAUUCCCGUGCCGCUUACCCUGGCGGACAACAUACCAGUGAACGUGUUCCGGGAGUUCAACCCACAGCGCCCUGACUUAGAGAUCAGCUCAGUGGUUCGAGCCUCUGAUUGCGUACCUCUCAUCGAGACUACUAACUCCAGAACAGGUGAAACAACGAUUGUGACGACAGUUCUAUACCUGAACCUGACUAUGAGCGUCACAGACACGUCCGUGUUUGCCGUUCCGGCAAACUGCCCCAGCGAAGCCAUCGACGUGGGAUCAGGAAACACUGGACACGGCCACGGACACAGCACCAUUAUCGGCUAAGUCUUGGAUCCUGAACCAGCCAUUAUACCAUGUACGCUGUUAACAUCUUCUGGUCGCGAUUUUGUGAAAUAAAUAACUGUUCCCCGUUCUUACACUGUA